AUGGAUGACAUCACCUUCCUUCAGCAACUUGCUAGAAGCAACAGCUCGUACAACGAAGGUAUCCCGGGCGAGUUAUCCGACCCCUUUGUUGACUCGGAUCCUUCGCCGUCACCACAACCGGCACCCACUCCCGCGAGCAUCAAAUAUGCUCCCGUGUUAGACAGGGGCGAUGGGUUUGAGUCAGAGCCCAUCGUUAGCAAGCACUUCCCCAAGCCCCCCAGCCUCCAGUCGGUACCCACCCAAACCCACGAAAACAACGCGGCCACCAACACCAAUGACAGCAACCGUGUCAAGCUCCCGGUUUACAUCACCGCCCUAAUCACGGCACGGUCUCAGCCAACGGUCGCUCUCACCACUCAAAAGCCCAUUUUCUUCCGAGAAGAGUUCGGCGAUGAGACCGACACCGACGAGAACAACAGCGACUCGGACGGAGGGUAUCUCCCGCCCCGCGGGAGAGCCCUUAUGAACCCCAGCUCUAUCCCUAGCCCCACCUCAGAUCCAAACACCGGCAACGGCACAGGCUCAAGCUCGCGGGACUCCGACUACGAUGCCGGAUCGGAAGACAACAACGAGUGGGAGGAGGAGUUGGGUGGGGGGGGUUACAACGGCAGUGUGGGAUCGAAAUCGGACUCCCUGCUGGUGAUCGAGGGCGAAGACCAAGAAGAGCGCGAGGAUGGCAAACCCAAGGCCAAGUCCCGAAAGAGGUGCGGUCUCAUCCGCUGCCUCAAGAGGAAUUUCACCAGGUCCAUCAAAACCUGGAACACCUUCGUCCGUCGAUUCCAGUCAAAAGGAAAGCCAACAUGA